UUGAUUUCUUGAAUAUCACUUUUGCUUCAAAAAAAUCAGAAGCUUUGUAAACUAUAUCAUAUCUCUUUAACUUUUGCAACGACACCCUCACAAAUUGUACUGUGUGAAUUCAAUCUAUCAAAAGCCAUUGCUCCUUAUCCACUUGAGAGAAAAAUGGCUGAAGGACUUCUGUUUAACAUGAUUGAUAAGCUGAUCGGGAAGCUGGGCUCCACGGUUGUUGAAGGGUGGAACAUGAGAGAUGAUCUUCAAAAGCUGGUGGAGAAUAUGUCUGAGAUCAAGGCUGUGGUUUUGGAUGCAGAGGAGCAGCAGGGAACCAACAACCAUCAAGUUCAACUCUGGCUUGAAAAUCUCAAAGAUGCUCUUGAUGAUGCCGAUGACGUGCUUGAUGACUUUAACACUGAAGACUUGAGGCGACAAGUGAUGACCAGUAACAAGAAGGCUAAAAAGUUUUGCAUCUUCUUCUCAUCAUCCAACCAACUUCUCUUUUCAUACAAAAUGGUUCAGAAAAUUAAGGAACUUAGUAAGAGAAUUGAGGCCCUUAAUAUUGAUAAGAGAAGUUUUAAUUUUACAAAUCGCACACCUGAGCAACGAGUUUUGAGACAAAGAGAAACUCAUUCUUUUAUUCGCGAGGAAGAAGUUAUUGGAAGAGAUAAGGAGAAGAAAGAGCUGAUAGAGUUGUUGUUUAACACCGGCAACAAUUUGAAAGAGAAUGUUUCAGUUAUUUCUAUAAUUGGAAUUGGAGGACUCGGAAAGACUGCGCUUGCUCAACUUGUAUACGGCGACAAAGAAGUGCAACAACAUUUUGAGUUGAAAAAAUGGGUUUGUGUUUCUGAUGAUUUUGAUGUAAAAGGUAUUGCUUCAAAGAUCAUAGAAUCUAAAACUAGUGUUGAGAUCGAUAAAGUGCAAUCUAUACUCCGUGAAAAAGUUGAAGGGAUAAGAUAUUUGCUUGUCUUGGAUGACAAUUGGAAUGAGGAUCGUGAUCUUUGGCUUCAAUUGAUGACACUGCUGAAAGACGGCACGGAAGGAAGUAAAAUAAUUAUCACCGCAAGAAGUGAGAAGGUUGCCAAGGCAAGUGGUCCAUCUUCUAUCUUCAAUUUAAAGGGACUCGAUGAAAAAGAAUCUUGGAGAUUAUAUAGUCAGUUAACUUUUGAGAAUUUCAGAGAACUAGAGAAUGAGGAAUUGGUGUCAAUUGGCAAGGAAAUUGUGAAAAAAUGUUCAGGGGUUCCGCUCGCCAUUAGAAGCAUUGGAAGCUUGAUGUAUUCCAUGCCGAAGAAGGAUUGGUCAACAUUCAAGAACAAAGAUCUUAUGAAAAUUGAUGAACAAGGUGAUAAUAAAAUUUUACAGCUUAUCAAACUAAGUUAUGAUCAUCUACCAUUUCAUUUGAAAAAGUGCUUUGCUUUUUGUUCUUUGUUUCCAAAAGACUAUUUAAUUCCAAAACGAAAGAUGACUAAUCUUCAAACACUGACACAGUUUGUGUUAGAUACGACUUCUAGAGACAAAUCUAAAACAAGUGAGCUAGGAGGAUUAAAUAAUUUGAGGGGACAACUCGAGAUAAAUGGCUUGGAACAUCUGAGGCAUUGUCCAACAGAAGCUAAGCAUAUGAAUUUAAUAGGGAAGUCACAUCUUCGUCGAUUGACAUUGAAUUGGAAACAACACAUUGUUAGUGAUGACAAUGAGUUUGAAAAAGAUGAUAUAAUUCUAAAUCACAUAGUUCUGCACUCCAAUAUCAAGGCCUUAGAAAUAAGUGGAUUCGGUGGUGUGACAUUGUCUAGUUCGGCCAAUUUAUAUACAAAUUUGGUUGAAUUGGAGUUAUCCGGUUGCACAAGAUUACAAUAUUUCAAACUCUCAAUGUUGCAUGUUAGACACCUCUACAUGUUUGAUUUGCCAUGCCUAGAGUACAUUGUUAAUGAUAACAAUAGUGAUAACUCAUCAUCAUUUUGUGCGUCACUUAAAGAUAUAUUUCUUUUUGGGUUAACAAAUCUAAAAGGAUGGUGUAACUGUAGCGAAGAAGAAAUCUCAAGGGGUUGUUGUCAUCAGUUUAACAGUCUUGAAAGCUUAUGUAUUUCUGUUUGUUGUAAUCUAGUUUCAAUUCCACAACACACAUAUAUCAGGGAAGUAAUUCUUAGAGAGGUCAGAGAGACGAUGUUACCGCCAGCAGUCAAUCAUUCCAAACUAGAGUCUCUUGAGAUAGAAUCCAUACUCAAUUUGAAAUCUCUUAGUGGAGUCUUUCAACAUCUAGGUACACUCUGUGAAUUGCGUAUCCUCAAUUGCGAGGAGUUUGAUCCGUGCAAUGAUGAAGACGGUUGUUACAGCAUGAAAUGGAAAGAACUCACGAACCUCAAAGUGUUGCAAUUCAUAGGAAUCCCAAAAAUGAAAUAUUUGCCUGAGGGGCUUCAGCACAUUACCACUUUACAAACUCUAAGAAUCAGAAAUUUUGAGAAUCUUACAUCUAUACCUGAAUGGGUAAAAUCACUGCAAGUAUUUGAUAUCAAAGAUUGCCCGAAGGCUGUUGAGAUAGCUCCAAGGUCUAUAACUCAAUUAUUUAACUUGGAGACUCUUUUGCUCAAUUCGUGUAGUCACUUGAGAGAGUUGCCCAAAGAUAUUUGGAAGUUGGUAAGUCUUAGACAUCUUGAGUUGGAUGAUUGUAAUAACUUAACUUCUAUGCCACUUGGAAUAGGAAAGAUGACUAAGCUUCAAACACUGACACAGUUUGUGUUCGAUACGACCUCCAGAGACAGUGCUAAAACUAGUGAACUAGGAGGAUUACAUAACUUGAGGGGACGACUCGUGAUAAAUGGCUUGGAAAAUUUGAGGCAUUGUCCAACAGAAGCUAAGCACAUGAAUUUAAUAGGGAAGUCACAUCUUCGUGAAUUGACAUUGAAUUGGAAUGUACACACUGUUGGUGAUGCCAGUGACUUGGAAAAAGAUGAUAUAAUUCUACUUGACAUGGUUCUGCACUCCAAUAUAAAGGGCUUACAAAUAAAUGGAUUUGGUGGUGUGAAAUUUUCUAGUUCAGCCAAUUUAUUAACAAAUUUGGUUCAAUUGAACUUAUUGAUUGGUUCAAGAUUGCAAUUUUUUGAACUCUCACUGUUGCAUGUCAAGUGCCUCCGGAUGGAUAAUUUGGCUCGCCUAGAGUUCAUAGUCAAUGAUAACAAUAGUGAUAACUCAUCAUCAUUUUGUACGUCACUUACAGAUAUAUUUCUUUCCGAGUUAAAUAAUCUUAAAGGAUGGUGUAACUGUAGCGAAGAAGAAAUCUCAAGGGGCUGUUGUCAUCAGUUUGAAAGACUUGAAAACUUAUGUAUUCAAGAUUGUUAUAAUCUAGUUUCAAUUCCACAACACAAACAUGUCAGGAAAGUAAUGCUUGAAAAUGUCACAGAGAAGAUAUUACAGCUAGCAGUCAAUCAUUCCAAAGUAGAGUAUCUUCAGAUAGGUUUCAUACUCAAUUAUAAAUCUCUCUGUGGAGUCUUUCAACAUCUAAGUACACUGUCUGAAUUGUGUAUCGAUAAUUGCGAGGAGUUUGAUCCGUGCGAUGAUGAAGAUGGUUGUUACAGCGUGAAAUGGAAAGAACUUACGAACCUCAAAUUGUUGCAGUUCUAUGAAAUCCCAAAAAUGAAAUAUUUACCUGAGGGGCUUCAGCACAUUACCACUUUACAGAUUCUAAGAAUCACAGACUGUGUGAAUCUUACAUCUAUACCUGAAUGGGCAACAUCACUGCAAGUAUUUGAUAUCAAAGGUUGCCCGAAUGUGACAUCUCGGCAUGUAGGGGUGGAAGAUCAAUAG